CACCGCUUCUUCCUCGGCUGUCACACAACAGGCACAGCCGCCAGCUAUCGCUAUGUUAUCACGAUCUCGAUGUGUGUACCGGACGCUUGGCCGUUCCCUGUCAGCGGUGAGCCAGGCCAACAAUGUGCUGGUCCGGCAAAGUGUAUCAGGCCUCUCUGUCUGCAGCCGGCUAGUUUACAGGAAUUCUCAGCUAGCCGAAUUUCCAUCAUCGGCAAAUGUCUUCCACAUCAGAUACUUCAAGACAUCUGCUGUUCACAGGGAAGAAGUAGUCACAGUCAAAACUCCUGCAUUCGCAGAAUCUGUUACAGAGGGGGAUGUGAGGUGGGAGAAAGCUGUGGGUGACUCAGUGACAGAAGAUGAGGUGGUGUGUGAAAUUGAGACUGACAAGACUUCUGUACAAGUCCCGGCUCCAGCAGCUGGUGUAAUUGAGGAACUACUGGUGCCCGAUGGAGGGAAGGUAGAAGGAGGAACGCCGCUCUUCAAACUCCGGAAAGGAGCUGCUGCUGCUAAAGCUGCUCCCUCCCCGGCUGCAGAGGCACCAGCUGCGGCAGCUUCAGACCCUCCUACUCCACCACCUCCACCUACUCCAGCUUCAACCCCCACGGCCAUGCCUACAGUGCCCCCAGUGCCACCUCAGGCUGCCCCAGCUAAACCUGUUUCUGCUGUCAGACCCACUCCUGCAGCUCCAGCAGCAGCUCCUCUACCCGCAGGAGGCAGAGGAGAAAACAGGGUGAAGAUGAACCGUAUGAGGUUGAGGAUCGCUCAGAGGCUGAAGGAGGCUCAGAACACCUGCGCCAUGCUGACCACCUUCAAUGAGGUGGACAUGAGCAACAUUCAGGACAUGAGGAAAAUCCAUAAGGAUGCUUUCUUGAAGAAGCACAACAUCAAACUGGGUUUUAUGUCGGCGUUUGUGAAGGCUGCAGCUCACGCCCUGACUGAACAACCUGCUGUCAAUGCUGUUAUUGAUGACACAACCAAAGAGAUCAUCUACAGGGAUUAUGUGGACAUUAGUGUUGCUGUGGCAACUCCAAAGGGGCUUGUUGUACCAGUGAUCCGUAAUGUUGAGACCAUGAACUUCACUGACAUCGAGAAAGCCAUUAAUGCCCUGGGAGAAAAGGCUCGUAAUAAUGAGCUUGCUGUCGAAGAUAUGGAUGGAGGCACCUUCACCAUCAGCAAUGGUGGUGUGUUUGGCUCCAUGUUUGGUACACCCAUCAUCAACCCUCCCCAGUCUGCCAUCCUGGGCAUGCAUGGCAUCUUCGACCGACCUGUGGCCAUGAAUGGCGAGGUUGAGAUCCGGCCCAUGAUGUAUGUGGCACUGACGUACGACCACCGACUCGUUGACGGUAGAGAAGCAGUCACUUUCUUACGCAAGAUAAAAGCUGUGGUGGAAGAUCCACGCGUUCUGCUUCUGGACAUGUGAUGUGUCUGUAUGUAAUAGAUCAGCUGCAGAAAAUGAACUCCACAACACAAAAACACGCACAAGUCGCACAAAACCA